UAUUUUAUUGUGAACAUAUAUUUUUUGUUAGUUGAGAUGUGAGGAAAUUGCCAGCUCUGACGCCCAUGUGGUGACCUGCUUGGCCGCUGGGCGUCCCUGGCAUGGCCCAUGGGGUCUCCCUCAGAGCUGUCCCAGGUAGGCUGGGCGUCUGGUACCCACAGCCAUGAGCUUGGGAGGGGCAUCGUCCAGCUCAGCAGGUGACCUAACAGGAAGUUGAGGAACGGGUUUGUGGUCACUCGGGUUGCUGCCCAGGCCUGCACAGGCCGGCACCCUGGUGGCCCUGGCAGGCACAACUGAGCCUCGGGGCCCAUCAGCAGCGACUCUCGGGAGCCAGGGUGAGUGUGUGCAGGGCAGCGCUUUGCUAUCUGACCCGGCCAGAGGGCUACAGGCCUCCUGCACGCCCUCACGGCCUGUAGUCAGGCAGAGUGGCGAGGGAGUGAACACCCCACCUGGCUGUGGCCUGAGAGCACCUCCCACGGGGCCAGGCUGGUUCCACAGGCCAGAGCAGCGGCUGGCGGGGGCUGGAUGGCCAGGGCCCAGCAAGUUCAGCGACAAGCAGGGGUUGAAGUUUGGCUUCCUUGAUGUUGAAAGUGGUCACUGUUCUGUCGUGUUAGGUUUUUGUAAUUUUAGGAAGCUCUUUUGACCAAGUUGCUUUCGUAACACUGUUAACAAGUGGCUCUACAAUUAUGUUUUGCUUUCAGUUUUGAGGGUGCAAAAAUCAGGGUUAUAGCAUAAACGCACAGUGGGAAGUGCUGGUGGACAGGGCCGCCGUGCGCUCCCGUCACUAGUGGACAUGACCACAGUCUGGGCACACCAGCUGUCUCCAGGAGGUGCAGGCGAGCUCACGGGGUGUCAUGGGUGACCCCUUGCCUCCCAGAUAUGCCUGGAAAGGACGAGUGCGGGGACUGCAUCCGUGGAGGCACAUCCAGGACCCCGCGAGCCAGCGGCUGACGUGGAACAAGGCCCCCAAGAGCGUCCUGGUCGUCAAGAAGGUCCGUGACGCCGGGCUGCUGCAGCCAUUCAAGGAGCUGUGCACGUACCUCAUGGAGGAGAACAACAUGGUCGUGUAUGUGGAAAAGAAAGUGCUAGAAGACCCUGCCAUCGUGAGUGAUGAAAACUUUGGGGCCGUAAAGAAGAAAUUCUGCACUUUCCGAGAAGAUUACGACGACAUUUCUAAUCAGAUAGACUUCAUCAUCUGCCUGGGGGGGGACGGGACCCUGCUGUACGCCUCCUCACUUUUCCCGGGCAGCGUGCCUCCAGUCAUGGCUUUCCACCUGGGCUCCCUGGGCUUCCUGACACCGUUCAACUUCGAGAACUUUCAGUCCCAAGUCACCCAGGUGAUAGAGGGGAACGCAGCUGUUGUCCUUCGGAGCCGGCUGAAGGUCCGGGUGGUGAAGGAGCCCCGUGGGAGGAAGGUGCCCGUCCCCAACGGGCUCAGCGAGAACGGAGCUCCAGCCCCAGGCCAGGCGGACGGCGGGAAGCAGGUCAUGCAGUACCAGGUCCUGAACGAGGUGGUGAUCGACAGAGGGCCCUCCUCAUACCUGUCCAACGUGGACGUCUACCUGGAUGGACACCUCAUCACCACGGUGCAGGGCGACGGAGUGAUCGUGUCCACCCCGACGGGCAGCACUGCGUACGCAGCCGCGGCCGGGGCCUCCAUGAUCCACCCCAACGUGCCGGCCAUCAUGAUCACGCCCAUCUGCCCCCACUCGCUGUCCUUCCGGCCCAUCGUGGUCCCCGCAGGGGUGGAGCUGAAGAUCAUGCUGUCACCCGAAGCAAGGAACACUGCGUGGGUGUCCUUUGAUGGACGGAAGAGACAGGAGAUCCGCCACGGAGACAGCAUCAGCAUCACUACCUCUCGAUACCCGCUGCCCUCCAUCUGCGUGCGGGACCCCGUGAGCGACUGGUUCGAGAGCCUGGCCCAGUGUCUGCACUGGAACGUGAGGAAGAAGCAGGCCCACUUCCCGGAGGAAGAGGAGGGCGAGGGCUAGCCCGUGCUCCUGUCCAGACCCGGCCCACGAUCCCGCCUCCCUCAGGCUCUUCACUUUCCUUCCCUGCCUCCCGCUCGCCCUCUGGGGACAGACCAAUGUGUGCGUGUGCGCGCGUGUGCGAGAGGACAGUCAUGUCUGUCUGUCGUGAACAGUCACAAGCUGCUGCCUGUCUGCUGUUGGGAAGAGCCUGGGUCUGCCUUUUGUGACCUGAUCAGCUGUUUUUUAGCAUUUUAAAUCUGACUUCUAUUUUGCAUUUCUAAUGAGGCAAAGUGGGAGGCCCACGAGGACUCCUGUCCCACCCCCCACUUGGUCCUGGAGCCGGCCGCCUGCCCCACGGCUCUGUAUUAAUAAUUCCAUGCCAGGAAAUUCCACAAAUCAGUCUACUGAGAUUCAGAGGGUCAGAAUGACUUGAUCUGUCCUUUAAUGUUGAAAAUAAAUGUCUCGGCCAGAAAUCUUCCUUUAGCUGCGAUGCUUCUGCCUUUGGGCACCUUUCCCCAAAGCUGCUCUGGGGGAGGCUCCCAGGCCCACGGGAGGGUCUUGCUGCGGCAGGCCGGCUGCGCUGCGGCUCUGGAGAGGGCUCGAGCGUGGCCCGGCCGGCCGGGCAGGGGCAGACGUCUCAGGCCACACACAUUCCUCACGCAGCUUCAGCUCCCAGGAAGGUAUUUUAAUCCUGUAUAUACUUUUCAGAGAUUCUUUUAAACAUUCUGAAGUGCUGAUGUACAUAUUUUCUUGUACACACUUUUUCGAAAAUGAAAGGGGAAGAGGAUCGUCCCGCUGCUGUUAGGUUUGUUCUGCUCGACCGUCCUCGGGGACCAUUCUGUGCAGAGUGCAGCCGGGCUGUCCGGGAGAGGCUUGGUCGCCAGUGACAACGUGGACACAGACGUCCGGGUCUUCCAGGUGGCCCAGGAGCACGAGCAGGUGUCACAGCUCCGUUGCCGCCACCUGGGAGCGGCGCCUGGUCAUUUCCCAGCAGGCAUCCGAGUGUAGGCGUCUGUUUUUGAGGAACUGCUCUCUGGGUUUUGCUCAAAAGUCACCCUUUCACCAUUCGGUUGAUAGGGACGGGCAGGGACCAGAGCCGCCCCUUCCCAGACCCGCCUCUGUCCUUCACCCACUCGGUGCUUCCCAGACUGCUGGGUGCAGCUUCCUUGACUGGUGUGUUUAUGACGUGCAGCUCACGCCGUCUGGCUGCUGAGAACAUGAGCGUCUCGGGCCUCCAUCUGGAGCCUGGAGGGUCCCAGUGUGUCCUGCGUCUGUUCUUGAUACGGGACCCCGCCUUCCGCCCACCGGCUGGGGUGGGGGGUGCCAGUGUCCCCAGCCUUAGGCCAGAAGACAGUGGCACUUGGGAUUCUAGUCACUCACCUGAACAGAAAAGCAAAUGUUAAGUCCUAAAGCAGCAUGAGAUUAGAAUGAUCUAGAAAACUUUGAAUUUUUGAAGUAAAUCUUAAUGUUUCAUACUGUUAAUAUCUUAAAAAUUUGUUAAAUGUUGAAGGCCUUAUUACUAUUUUCAGACCCUUUCAAUAAACAGACUUGUACAAAAA